CAGGAGUUAACUGAACUUUGAUCACAUUUUUGGUCAACUGCUCUCCAAGUGUGGAUUACAAGCUGUUCUACUGAGUCAGGCGUCGGAGUAUACUUUAAAGUUACUAUUUUAAUUGCAUAAAACUGACACUGUGUGAUGGGGAAAAGAGUCACUAAACAGGAUGGUUCCUCCCCCGCUGUCCAGAGGAAGAGAGUCCAGGGGAAAGAUGAGACACCGUCCCGAUGGUGGCUUAAAAGAGGCUUAUUUGCCCUCUUUGUUAUCUUGAUUUUGGUGCCCGUCUCGCUCAGUAUGCUCCCUGAAUUAAUCCAGCACUUUGUGUACUCUCACAGAAUCCGGCUGCCGUUCUUUGUUGACCUCAGCCGACCUGCUGAUCAUUCCCUUAAUCACACCAUCAACAUGUACUUAACAUCAGAGGAGGGAAUCUCCCUUGGCGUAUGGCACACAGUCCCUGAGAGCCGUUGGAAAGAGGCUCAGGGGAAGGACUUGGCAUGGUACCAGAACAGUUUAAACGAUGGCAGCACAGUUUUCAUAUAUCUUCAUGGGAACACAGGCACAAGGGCAGCCACUCAUCGGGUGGGAGUGGCAAAAGUAUUGAGUGCACUUGGCUACCAUGUGCUGGUGCCUGACUACAGAGGGUUUGGAGACUCCACUGGUGAACCAACUGAAGCCGGUCUGACCACUGAUGCCCUCUACUUGUACAAGUGGGUCAAAGCCCGGAGUGGAAACAGCCUCGUGGUCAUCUGGGGACACUCUCUUGGCACUGGAGUCUCCACUAACGCAGCCGUAAAACUGAUUGAGCAAGGAGAGGUUUUCGAUGGAGUGAUCCUGGAGGGCGCAUUCAAUAGUGCUCGACAGAAGAUACCAGGUCAUGCUUUUUCUUGGUAUUACUGGAAAUUUCCGGGCUGUGGGUACUUAUUCCCAGAACCAUGGGCAGAAAACAAGUGCGUCUUCCCUACUGAAGAGAAUCUGAAGAAAAUGAAAAGCCCGAUCCUUUUCCUUCAUUCGGAGGACGAUCACUUAGUCCCCAUUCAAGUUGCUAAGCAGAUGCAUGAGGUCGCAGCGAGUGCCCAGGAUGCAGAGCGAGUCAAGCUGGUGUCAUUCGACGGUUCGCUUGGGUACCUCCACAACGGCUUGUACAAAGACCCCAAACUGCCUGGCAUCUUAAAGAAGUUUGUGCUGUCGCUGCAACGUUGGAAAGACAAGUGAAGCAGAAAAAGCUGAUUUCAUUUGAUCACACUGGAAUCAAAUGUUUUGUCCCUACUGCUGCAUGAAGAGGUGAUUCACUUUGAAUCUCUGAUUAUUGUGAAUCCAUUUGUUAUUUUAUGAAUUAAACUGAGUGGAAAACUGAUUAAACUUUUUUUGUUUUUUGAUCAGUCGCAAAUAACGAUUCCAACUGGAAAUGCAAUUUAGAUGAAGCAGGAGGUGCCCUCUGCUGGGCGUUGCAGUGUGGUGAUAAUGCCCAUCCAUAAUACUGGAUAAUGAGUUUAGUAAUCCGAGGCUUAAAAUGUCUAGGUGUCACUGACAUUUCAGAAUAAUUCAAGGAGAACAGCUGGAAAAUGUCUGUUCUCUGACCUUGCUGUCACAAAUGUGUUUUUAGGGAAAAAUGAAUGAAUUCUGAAAUUGGGAGUUCUUUUAGUUUAAGGAGGAUAUAGUGCCUUCAGAUAAAUUCUGAUAAUCUCAAUUCAAAUGUUAAUGCUGUUCAAUCAAAAUAUGUUUUCCUGUGUCAAGCUGCAUUGUUCUUCCUUGCACUUUGCUGCAAGAAUAUGUAUUGGUCUCAUUUGGAAAGAACUCUGGAGGAGAUAUCCACCUCUUCAGAAUUCAUGUAGCACCGCUUCAAUUUCUUGUAAAUUCACAGUGAACGGACUAAGAUUAUUUCAGGUACAUGUUGCACCAUUUAAAUUUGCCUUGAAGAACAUGUUCAACUGCUGAGGUUCUCCUUUGAUCCUGAAGAUUUAUUAGGAAACCUGUGGUGACUAAAGAGUAGUCACACACUCUGCAUUGCAAACAUCCUUGUCCUCUAAACAUAGCUGAUUGUGUAAAAUAUCUAAAGCUGUACUUUCUUUCAAAUAAAAUAAUAAUCAGCUGUG